AAUAAAAUGUGAUACAUAUUAUUAUGUACACUUUACAAUAAAUUUUUUAUUGGCAGCUCCAUGGGUGUUUAUCACAAUUGGUGUCACAGUCUUGGUUUUGAUUGUUUUGGUAACUUCACUGAUUAUCUACAACCGAAGCAAACAACUGACUUCCAGAAUAAAGUCAUUUAACAAAGGUGGAAAUCCAUGCUGUCCUAAAUCUUUAAUUGAACUCAAGACCACAGCUGUCCUUCAUCCUCAUAAAAUGGGUCUGUUAAAUAAUGUGCUUAAAACCUGUUUGUUACAGCUCCUCAAACACAUGAAAGAGCAUCUAUACAUCACCCCUAUGCCACAGUCAUCAACAGGUCAGAGCCUCCUUGUGACAGUGGCUACAGUCGUCUGCUGUCAUGCAUCUAGUGUUGGGGAAAAAGAGACCAAUGUUAAAAGGGCUUUGUCUUCUUCCAGUUUAUUCAGUACCCGUCAAGAUGAUGGGAACAAGCUGAAAGGGGGAAAUGGAGAUUUCCAAAGAAGAUAUGUAGACAUGGACUUUGUAAAUGACAUUGAUCUACCAAAGCGCAAAUAUCGACCUGGAGCCACCAGGGGCCCUGAUCCAGACUCUCCUGCAAGAAAGUCCAGUUUCAGGAGGUUUUAUUCACAGACUUCUGACCAGGAGUACCACAGAAUGGUCAGGUACAAGUCUUCAGAUCGUGCCAGAAAUGGGAGCAAUACAAGCUCAUCAGCUCGCAGUUACAUCAGUAUUCCUCCAACAUCACCAUCAGAGAACUACGUUGAAGCUGGAUCAGAUGAUAUCUCCAUGCGUUCAGAGCGCAGCACUCCCCCUGUUAAAACUGCCUGGCUGACAAAGAAUCUGAAGGUUGAUGCAAGAAAUGAACUCUGGAACUACCAUACCAGCCUGGGAACACAAACAGAGAAUGAUAGUGAUGUCACAUCUCCUACAUGCAAAACAGUAUUUGGAACUCCUUGGCAAUUUGGCGGUACAUUUACAAGUCAGGGAGGGGUAUUACAAGCUAAAGAUUCUGAUGUCUGCUUGGUGGUGGUAGCCAAUGCAGUGGCCAAGGCGGAGUAUGUUGAUAUCUAUGGAGCUGUGUUCACAGAUACUGUAGAGAUUAGAAAAAAGCUAGACUUUCCUGCUAAAGAAAGUCUCAUUACACCAGUGGUGGAGUACCACGCAGUUCCAUCUAGCACUUUCAACAGGCAUGUCUGUGUGCAGCUGCCUCAUGCUCUGCUAGAGGAGUUUGAUGUCAGCCUGAUUAAGGUGUACACUUUUACAGUAGAUGAGCUUGGGAAAGUCACUUUGUACACUGUCCCCAUGUCUGGGAAAGCCAAUGAUGACAGAAACUUGGAGACAUACUGGGAGAAGGGUUCUGAUGGAUGUAGUAUAUUCAUCAACACAACACACUUCAGUGGUUACUUCUGCACUCUGUGUAAAUCAUCCAGUCUCCCAUCCAUCUGUACCAUGGUAUUUGGCUCCCACGUUCAGAUCACCCCUUCACGCAGGGAAGUCAGGGUCAUCCUGUACAUAUGGGACAGGCGAUUAACUAUUAAAGAUUAUCUUGAGAGGUUCCGCAAGGAGGAAUCUGAUGUUGAUCGUCAGCUGUUGACAGACAUGCAAGUGCCCCUGCUGAAUGAUGCCUCCUCAGACAGUCGAUUGCUUAUGAAAAUGGAAGUAAUGGGGGAGGAUGAAGAUCGGCAGUCCUGGAGACAUGUUUCCAGACCAGACGGUUCAAGGCCACUGUUUAGACCCUUACAGGCCCGUAAGUUGAGAGACAUAGUUCACUGCUGCAGACAGACAGACCCCAUUCGGGUAGAAUGGGCUCUGGAAAAUGCUCCAAGGCAAGUCCCCAGCACAGUCUUCCAAUGCUGUAUUGAUAUCAUGCAUGUUCAUGAAUCAACCAGCGAUUUUGAAACUGCAAUGAGAGAAGGAAGUGAUGAACUUUUGAGAACAUUUUAUGUCAGAGAUCUCAAGGUCAUGCCACAUUCUUCUCAGGAAUUACGACCACAUACACAUAUUCAGCUUGGGGACCUAAAGAAGAUAUUACUGGAGAUAACAAAUGUGCCACAAACGGAGAAAAUUUGUCAGGAGUUUGGCAUCACUGUAAAAGACAUCGGAAACUUUAAAAAGAAAUACUCAACGGUGGAAGCAUUUCAAGUGGGACUUGUAGAUGAGUGUUUGAACAGACAUGGUAUGGACAAGUUCAUGACUCAGUUACCAUAUGUCUUAGAGAGGCUGAAUCUGAUACAUGUUCUCACUACCCUAGAGAACAGGAAAGUUUUCUACAAAGUUGACAAAGAUACCUCACACUGCCAGACCCAGGCUGAAACACAUGUCCAGCAUAAAGUUACUUCUCACGUUCCAAAUCCUAACGAGAUUGAGGGUGAGGAUGAAGCCAGCACUUUGUGUAAAACCCCUUAUUCAAGAAGACCCACUUCUUCAAGUCACAGGACCAAGUCCAGCUCAUCAGUAAACAGUAGGAGCAGGGAAGAAAUCAGAAGAAACCAAAAAUCUGAUUUCCAGCACCAGCUGUCAGAGAAAAGUGAUGAUGUGUUUGUUCUCAACAGUCCACUGCAGCAAAAUCCUGGUUUAAGUGACCAACAUAAUAGAAAUGUGGGUAGUUUAGAAGAUGGCAGGCAACAGUUGAGAUACAGCAGACUUAGACAUAAUUCUCCACCAAGUGAAUGUCAUGAUGACUGUGAACCGAACCAAGCUAAUAAUCACACAGUGAGGUAUACCAGAGCUGGAGACAUGUGGCAGGACACUGGAGAAAUACAAAUUGAGAAGAAGCAAAAGUCAUCCAGCAGUAGAAAUGAUUCUCUUCUUAGCAGGUCUAUAUCAUCAGGAGAUAAUCUGAUACCAUCUUCACAUUUCCCGUCAAGAUCAACUUUAGACUCUAGUCGAGUUGCUCAUGAAGAUCCUUUAGAUUUUGCAGAACCAUAUCCGGAUGAGCUUCUAGAUGAUGACCUGCGACAAACUUACAAAAAAGAACUUGCUGUUCAGCGAAAUACUUUUGGUCCUUCUUCAGCAAAUUAUUCAUCCUGUCAGUUCAACAGAGAUAGACUCAGUCUGUCCGAUAGUGGGCCCAACGCAUUACCUCCCCUGUCAGGGACAAAUAAUUGUUCAUCUGUCUCUGAUCCUGUGCCACCUUACAAAAAAUUACAAAAAGAUAAUCGUGAGAAGUCUCAGUCCCAAGACAAGGAUCAAACACUUAAGAAAGAAAUGUAUGCUACACAUACCAUUGUAUAA